CUGUUUUCUGAGAAGAAAGUAAGACCUCAAUCAGUCAGGCUGGCUUAGUGGUAUAUAAAUUUAGGGUCUCUAAGCAAUGACAAAUUAACUCUGAGGAAGAAUACUCAUCCAAAAAAUUUGUUACCAUUCAGGAUAUUUGUCAUCAGGGACUCCUGAGAAAGCAACUUAUUCUUCAGGAAGCUUUCUUACUGCUGUGUGUCCAAUUCCAGCUCUCUUGCACUUUCUGAGACCUGGGAGAGGAAGGCAGUUUUUCAGACACUGAUUUGGUGGGGAAAUGCAAGGCAGCUGUCGGAAGGCUGCCUACUACCAUCUCAGUUCUAUUGGACAGUCAACAUGGACCUUUUAACUGAUAUCAUUGUUGCUAACUCUUUGGGAAGGGCAAAAUCUCCAGAGAGCCUCAAAGUAAUGUGGGCUGCCAAUAUGGGACCCAGACUUAUACCAGUGCAAACCAAGAACAGGGCAAUGGAAGGAACCUCAUUGGGUUGGCAGGAAGAAAGUAGAUGUUCAUAUGUCACCAAGGUUAAAACCAAUGACAAGUACUAAUUUGACAUUUGCACUUUGUUCUUAUCCCGCAAAGGUGCUUCCUACACAAGAAGUCACAUGACCACAGAGUGUCAUUUGUCAAAGAACCAAGAACUUGUUCAAAACUCUACAGAGCAUCCAAUCUAUCACGUGGAUAUGCAAUAAUGAGCAGCCUGCAGACAGACGUCAUCCCCUGAAAAUGUCCUAAACAAGGUGCAGGCCAACGAGGAAGAGGAGAGGCUGAAUAGAGAACUGGAGCUAACUACCAAGGAGAGAAAUGAGCUGACAGAUCGCCUCCUUUAUGUGACAGGUGGAUCCAUGAGCAAGAGCCCCUACUUCAGGCCAAAUCCAUUUUAUGAAAACUUGAAGAUAAAGGAGAAAGAGGUCAUGUCAUUACUGCACAACUUAGACACAAAGAACAUUGAACAUCGUGAGAAAUUUCAGGAGCUCAAGAAGGAGAUUAACUUCUAUCGCAACCUGCACAGCCGGCUCCUGAUGGACCAGGCAUGUAUGAAGAAGAAGUUGGUCACAUUGAAGCAGGAGAGCAAGGAGUUACAGCGAUAUUUGUUUGAGUUGAACCCGAAUGCUGAAGACGAACAGGAGAAGACCAGCAACCUCCAGACCCAGCAAAAUGUGGUCUCAGGAACUGCAGGAGACAUGGAAUAGGACAGAUCCCAGGAAGACAGCCCCCUGAAGAGUGAGUUUCUCUGUCAGGAGUUCCCUGCUGACGACAAUCCUCAACAGUCAAAGACUUUUUUGGGGAGAAUAUUCUUCUUCUCAGUUAAUUUCCUCAUUGUAUAGAGACCCUAAAUUUAUGUAUCCGUAUGCCAGCCUGUCUCAUUGAGGUCUUUCUCCUCUCUCAUACCGACAACACCAUUUGAGAGACAUCUGAGGGGACUGCCUUGAAAUCUCGUGUCCUAGAGGAGAAACAGCACUACAACUGUGUUUCUAAAUGUUCAUUAAGAAAAUGCUGUUAAGAAAUAUUUUUGGUUAUGAUUUUCAUUGAAGUUUUCUUUUUGUUAUAUCAUAGUUAUAUAUUCUUGUUACUGUUUUUCAUUUUUUAUACCAUUUUAGUUGUUCAUUUUAUGCCUGUUUUUUGUAAAUUGUAUUCCUUAUGAAUAAAAAUUGAUUUGUAA